AACAAUAAAGAAAAAUACUACAAAUGAGUUCUAGUCAGAGAAGCUCAUUGGCCUACAGAACUGAAAGUAGAGUUUCCAAAUCAGAACCGAAAGUAGACUUCCCAAACUCAAUUGCUUAACUAUGUACAGCCAGUUGUGCUUUCCCUAGUACAGUGUAUUCGGCAUUGAGAGAACAACAGAAAACCAGGAGACGGUCAUCAUGUCGAUGUCCAAAUGUCAGCCAGUGGCUGAGCACAUCAAUUUCCCCAAGAUGGAAGAAGCUGUGCUUCAGCACUGGAAAGACAUAAAUGCCUUCAAAACAUCCUUGAAACAGUCAAGUAAAAAACCAAGGUAUACCUUUUAUGAUGGCCCACCAUUCGCUACAGGUUUACCCCACUAUGGUCACAUUCUGGCCGGGACUAUCAAGGAUGUUGUGACGCGUUACGCCCACCAGACGGGUUACCAUGUAGAGCGAAGAUUUGGCUGGGAUUGUCAUGGCCUGCCUGUGGAAUAUGAGAUAGAUAAGACGCUGGGGAUCACAGGCCCUGAUGAUGUCAUGAAGAUGGGGAUAGAAAAGUAUAACGCCGAGUGUCGCAAGAUUGUCAUGAGGUACUCACAGGACUGGCAGGACAUUGUGACCAGACUAGGAAGGUGGAUAGACUUUGAGAACGACUACAAGACUAUGUACCCAUGGUUCAUGGAGUCGAUCUGGUUUGUGUUCAAGGAGCUUUAUAACAAAGGUUUUGUCUACAAGGGGGCAAAGGUGAUGCCCUACUCCACAACAUGUAACACUCCUCUCAGCAACUUUGAGAGCGGACAGAACUACAAAGACGUCACAGAUCCAGCUGUAAUUGUGAGCUUUCCGCUGCUCGAGUCCCCGGAAGUGAGUGUCCUGGCCUGGACAACAACACCCUGGACACUGCCCAGCAAUAUAUCUCUCUGUGUCAACGCUAACAUGGACUAUGUUAAGGUGCAAGAUAAGAAAACAAAUGCUAUUUACAUCCUGAUGGAGGCUAGAUUGCAGGCACUGUUCAAAUCUGAAGAAGAAUACACUAUGCUAGAGAAAUUCAAAGGCAAAGCAUUGGUUGGGAAGAAAUAUAAACCCCUAUUUAAUUAUUUUGAAUAUAUGGGGAGAGAAAAGGGUGCAUUCCGAAUCCUUUGUGAUGACUACGUCAGUUCUGAGAGUGGUACAGGCAUUGUACACCAGGCCCCAUACUUUGGAGAGGAUGAUUACCGAGUGUGUUUGGCAAACGGUAUAAUCAGCAAAGACAGUGCCAUGAUCUGUCCUGUUGACGCUAGUGGGAAAUUCACAGACGAAGUCGUUGAUUUCAAAGGAAUGCAUGUCAAGGAAGCUGACAAACACAUAAUGAAGAUGUUGAAGUCAAACAAGCGACUGGUGCACCAGGGUACUAUCAAGCAUAGUUACCCGUUCUGUUGGAGGUCUGAGACCCCUCUGAUCUACAAAGCUGUUCCAAGUUGGUUUGUUCGUGUGGAACAAGCCACACAAAGAUUAUUGGCCAAUAAUUCUAAGACGUACUGGGUGCCUGAUUUUGUAAAAGAAAAGAGGUUUGCUAACUGGCUGAGAGACGCUCGAGACUGGGCCAUCUCAAGGAACCGCUACUGGGGCACACCCAUACCAUUGUGGGUCAGUGAUGAUGGAGAGGAGGUUGUAUGUGUGGGAUCAAUAGAAGAGCUUUAUCAGCUUACCGGUGUCAAGGUGGAUGAUCUACACAGGGAAGUUGUUGAUAAACUGACCAUUCCCUCUAAGCUGGGUAAAGGACAGCUGAAACGGACCCCGGAGGUAUUUGAUUGCUGGUUUGAGAGUGGUAGUAUGCCCUACGCACAGGUUCACUACCCCUUCGAGCGAAAGAAGGACUUCGAUGAUAACUUCCCAGCUGAUUUCAUUGCAGAAGGAGUGGAUCAGACCAGGGGUUGGUUUUACACCCUCCUGGUCCUAUCCACCCUGCUGUUUGACAAGCCACCAUUCAAGAAUCUGAUUGUGAAUGGCCUUGUGCUGGCAUCAGAUAAACAAAAGAUGAGUAAGAGAAAGAAGAAUUACCCUGAUCCCAUGGAGGUGGUCAAUAAGUAUGGUGCUGACGCCCUCAGAUUGUACCUGUGUAACUCGCCGGCAGUACGGGCGGAGAACCUGUGUUUCCGUGAAGAAGGGGUGGAACGAGUCCUCAAGGAUGUCUUCCUUCCAUGGUACAAUGCCUACAGAUUCUUCAUGCAGAAUGCAGAAAGAUAUGAGAGAGAAGAUGGAGGUGUGUUUUUGUACAACCCCGACAAAAUAUCACGCCCCACAAACUACAUGGACCGCUGGAUGCUGUCCUCAACACAGUCUCUUCUGAAAUUUGUCAAGAAAGAAAUGUCGGAAUACCAUCUGUACACUGUGAUGCCUGUGAUGGUCAAGUUUGUCGGUCAGCUGACCAACUGGUAUGUGAGGAUGAACCGGAAACGUUUAAAGGGAGACGGAGGAGCUGCAGACUGUCGGAUGGCACUGGAGACGCUGUUUGGUGUUCUACACUCUAUGAUCAGGGUCAUGUCUCCACUGAUCCCAUUCAUCACAGAACACAUGUACCAGAAUCUUCAACACUUGCUCGACCCAGCCUACACAAAGGGCCUUGACACUCGAAGUGUCCACUUCCUCAUGAUCCCUGACCCCAGGGAGGAUCUGAUAGAUACACAGAUAGAGACGGCAGUGUCACGCAUGCAGUCUGUUAUAGAAAUUGGACGCCUCAUCCGUGACAGAAAUACACUCCCGAUGAAGUAUCCCCUGAAGGAGGUGGUCGCUAUCAAUAGUGACGAGGACGCACUGCGAGACAUAUCAUUCCUCACCGACUACAUCAAGGAGGAGUUGAACGUUAAAAAUUUAACCACGACCAGUAACAAGGAUAAGUAUGGAGCUGAGUUAGUGGCGGAACCAGACUUCAAAGCUCUUUGUGGAAAAAUCAAAGAUGCCAAGAAACUCUUUGGUGCCAUCAAAUUACUCAGCAACAAACAGCUGGAAGACUUUCAGAAGACCGGUCAGAUAACUGUGAUGGGGCAUGUUUUGGAGGAAGGAGAUGUACGACUCCACUACAAAUUUGAUGCAAAGGACAGCUCGACUCCAAACUGCUACGAUGCACAUGGAGACAAAGAGGUGUUGGUGCUGCUGAAUGUGACGCCAGACCAAAGCAUGCUGGACGAAGGUAUAGCUAGAGAGGUCAUAAACAGGAUGCAGAGGCUCCGGAAAAAGGGCGGAGUGGUGCCUUCUGAUGAGAUAGCAGUUUACUACCAGACAACUCCCAGUCUCACAGCCAUCAUCAACAACUUCUCCGACUUCAUAUUUAAUACCAUCAAACAGCCUGUACUACCCUACCCCGUCCCCGCAGGGUCAAAUGUCGUUGUGGAAGAAAAUGCAUCGGUGAAGAAGGAUGAGUUGAAGCUGACCAUCGUGUCUAGGUCGGGAGAUGGCCCAAAGAGUGCGCCCUCGCCAGUAGUACAGCCAGCCCCAGUGGUGAAGGGGGUCUCCCCAACAUGUAGCUACAUCAAUGUACAGCUGUGUGGAAUGGCUCCUCAGGAGGGUGUGUCUGGAGGUCAUGCUACAGUCCUCCUAGAAAACCCUAAGGGCAAGGCCAUGAGCAGCAGACAGGUGCUGGUGAAUGAGGUGAAAUCUGUGUUUGGUGUGCGUGGUGUGAAAUUGGACGUUUACAAGGGCCGUGAAAUGUCGGAGGUACUCCCAGUAACUGGUGAUGUUGCUUCGCUGUCUGGUCAAACCUUAUAUGUCGCUUCUAAGUGUCGGGCGACUUCCACACCAGCGUCUUCACCAAUGUGCCAUUUUGCUAAUGUGGAAAUGAAAGGUGUACAAGGGACCUUACUCCUGGAGAACCCUAAGGGAGUGACAUUGUCUGUGGAUCAGUUAAAAUCUCAGGUAUCGGCAGUUUUUGGCCUUGAUGGACAGAAAGUUGAAUUAUGUUCAACAAAAGAUGGAAAGAAAAAGAUAACAAGUGAAAAUUGCAAAGACUGUCUGUCCCUUCACUCAAGUACACUGUAUGCUGUUAAACUAUGAACUAAUUUUAUAGUUUAACAGUACAAUAUAAAUUCUGUGGCAAUUUUUGAAGUUUUGACAGUUUGGAGAAAAAGGAUAUCGAUGAUGACUGUGUUUUUUGAGAAACUGACAAGAUAUCCAUGUGGUUGUCCAUUUCAAGAAAUGUGAUUUGGUAAAAUUGUAUUAUCUGAUGAUCUUGAUCUUUACAGAUUUAGUGCUAAAAAAAUUCUGAUGUGCCUGAUGAAGAGAGGAGAGAUUAAAAUAUCAGACUCAGAGUAUUUAUUUUAUGUGAUAUUCCUAUAGAAUUUGAUACCGUUCCCUUGACAAAGACUAUAAGACUCUUUCAUGUCCAGGGGUAAGCCUCAAGUUUUACCAAAUUUGAAAAUCCUGAGGGUGGAAUUUCCCUA